AUGUUGAAGCAGUGGCUCGGGCUCGCUCUAACGGCUGAUUCAUCGGCGUUAUUUAGGGGAAGCAAUAGUUUUGGGAUGAGUCUAAAAAGGCCAUCGGAGCUCUAUAAACACCUAAGAGUUUCCAAGAGAUAUAUCCUGGGGAAAUCCCAUGAUGACAUAGUGACAUCGCUCCCAAAAGAUGAAGAUGCCCCCGAGCUAGAGUCACGACUUCAAUUCCAUAAGCAAUUUAUGAUAGGAGCGCAAAGUAACAGAGCGGGGUUAGGAUCAAAUAGGAAAGUCCAAGAUGCGGAUAUAUUGAAGUCUUUUAUUCGGCAAGACGAGAAUGAUAAAUAUAAGAUCCAUGCAAUGAAUUUAGAAAUGCAGAACGAGUGGUUAGACAUAGGAGAUUUUUGCAUCCCAUUAGCAUUAAAAUGGCGCACUUUAAUUUAUGAUUGGUCGCCAGCAUUGCUAAAAUUCUAUCUCAAUGCGUUCCAGAUGACUCUCCCAGAUCAGAGUAAUUUAGUAAGAUGGGGUAAAAGUACCGAAAAAACUUGCUAUAUCUGUGGAAAGGCAGUUGGAACUGCUAAGCAUCUGCUGGUGGGAUGUAAGGUACUCCUUGACAGCGGUCAAUACUCGCGUCGUCACGAUAGGGUUCUAGAAGUCAUACGUGAAGCGGUUAGUCUUUCGGUAGCCAGAGCGCAAAAGGGAAUAACCACAAACGAACGAUCAGUAGGUUUUGUGAGAGAAGGCACUAGGGCUACAAAAUCAAACGUCAAGCCUUACUCCAUCCUUAAAGCGGCGUCGGAUUGGACUAUAAUGAUGGACACGUAUGAAAAACAAUAUAAAAUCCCCGAGGAUAUUUGUGCGUCGGCCUCCAGACCGGAUAUAUUUUUGUUUUCGCGAAUUUUAAAGCGCGUAGUGAUAAUAGAGCUUACGGUCCCCUGGGAAACCAACAUCCCCAAAGACCAUACCAUCAAGGUCAACAAAUAUUACGAGCUCACAAACGAACUCACUCGAAACAGGUUCGUAGUAGAUUUGUACGCGGUAGAGGUGGGAGCGAGAGGUAUAACAGCGAAAUCUCUCUAUAACCUACUAAAGGACUUGGGCUUGUCCAGAACUCACAUUAAUGCAUUCUUGGAACGUACGUCGAAGGCAGCCCUAGUAGGUUCUUUUCAAAUUUGGUUAGGUAGGGAGAGGAGCUUGGACAGUGGAGGUGAGCGUAUAACGCGCGUUAGUUAA